UCAUAUUACACGCACAAAUACACUCUUUAAUUGGCUUUAAGUUCCAUUUCUCGAUGAAAAACAUGGAAAAUGCUACUCAACGUGGACUUUUCUUGUUUUAUUCAGACAGGGAAGCUGCGAGGCCUGAACCUGUUGGCUUCAGAUACUGGAGGACACCUGAAAACACACCCUCCGUCCUCCGUCCGGCUCCAGGAUCUUUGAGCUCCGAGGGAGGACAAAAUGGACCACAAGCCAGGGAUCCGAAAGCCGAGAUGGACACUGGCCAUGCUGGACCUCAUCCCGUGUUGAGAGAUCCCACACGCAGGCGUGGAAGUGCACCGGACUCCUCCAGUUCCUCAAUAUCAUCCAUCACUAUCACUUCCAGGAAGGUCACACAGAUUUCCAAGCCUUUGUGUCCGACGAUGAAUGACCUCGCCGGUGGACGAAGAAAAGCCUUAGUGGUCAAAGUCAUCGAACAGAGGACGAAAAGCACCUCCAGCCGGCCCAUCGUCUCGACCUCUGGCUCUGAUCAUGAAGAGAUCGACCACAGCGUGGUACUGAGGAGAAAGGCAACCAUUGUGAAAAUGACCGAACAGAGAGAGCGUUUCAGUCCAGCACAAUACAGACACAGCUACACUGAAGGAAUCAACCAAGCCCAGUUAACCGAUGAGUCUAAAGUCAAUCCCUCACCAUUAAACCAAAACCUCACUAUAUCUUUAAAGCCAGGAGCCAGGUCCCAGCACAGAUCUAGCCUGUCUCUAUGCCUUAACAACCUAAAUACUAGCAGCACAGCAGGGGAGAAAAACACCCAAAAAUACAAGCCACCUCGAAGGCCUCUCAGCUGCGACGCAAGCUUGUUUAACAGCACUGAAGCAGUUACACAUCCAGCGUUUCACAACAAGAUCUCUCCUGCUUCCCAGAAGACAAAUAUUGACCUUGUUAGUUCCAGCAGCAGCGAAGCAAGAAGGUGCUCAGCCUCCAGUGGAGAGGACGGGAGCGCAAGGAAAGAGGGAUUGGAGCGGGAUCGAAAGGAACCGAUUUCAGCAAUCAAACCUCUCACGCUACUAAAAGCAGCAGAUAACUCGGCUGAUCUGAGCGCAGACGCCGUCCUGGCCCUGAACGCCGCUGCGGUUAUCGCCAACAUAAAGCUACGGGCCCAGCAGAGACCAACUACAUCCCACACAGCAACAGCAGAAUAUCUGCCUAUACCCUUGAGGUGUCAUGACCGAAUAUUGUUCUCUUUAUCAGUGAGUUUAACAGAGGUUAGAGGGCAAAGUGAACACAGAGAGCUCAAAGAAGAGGCUGCUGGUGCUAAUGGAAAGGACAAAACAUGUCCAGAAGAACAAUGUGUGGAUUUUGUCCCAUUUGAGUCCGAGAAUGACCUCAGUGAAACUGCUUUGGCUCCACUGUCUCUUAGCGAGGCUUUAGCGAUCAGACGGCCUGGUUUCAUCCAGCGCUCGCAGGCCAGAGUUCGAGCCCUGGAGAGGAGGUCACAGGAGAGGCAGACACCUGAGAGCGGAGAAUGCCUUGUGAAAUCCAAGGACAGGAGCAUCAUGGGAAAGAGUCUACAGCUGUGGUCCAGGAGGAGUUAUAACCAGCUCCCCGAAGUGAAGAAGAGGAGAGAGGAAGAAAAGAGGAGAAAAGAAGAAGAGAAAAGAAAACUGGCCUCUCGGACCAACAGGCUUCGGGCAGAGCUCUUUAAAAAGAAACUUCUGGAGCAGAUUUUGCAGAGAGGAGGGAAUCACUGAUACAGCCUUGGACCCGUGUUUCUUCUCACUCCACAGUUCUCAUGCCGUCCAUUAAAAAACAUGACUUGACAUUAGUUAGAAAUUAUAUAAAAUAGUUCCUUUCAGAUUGAAUGUGUCUUAAACAUGGACUGCAGCCUUAUUCCUGUGGCUCUGGAUUACAUCUUCUCUCUCUAUACAUACAAGACUG